AUGACUCAACAGAUGUCUGCUGCAAGGUCCUUCAUGAGAGGAAGGGGAUUCAGCUCUAGGUCUUCUGCCUAUGGGCUAGGUGGGCACAGGACCUAUGCUGCUUCUGUUCGCUAUCCAGUCAGAAGUGGAUAUGAGGUCCCUGCCUUCACCAGCCAAAGUCUUGCCAACAUGGGUGGAAGCAGAAGAAUUUCCUAUGGUGGAUAUGGAGGCUACAAUGCUGGAUGCUAUGGUGGUUACAAUUAUGGUCAUGGUGGUGGCUAUGGUAACCUAGAAUUUGGUGGCACUAUGGGUCAUCACGUCCCUAGAACAUAUGACUCCACUGGAAGUUGUGGGCCUUUCGGAGGAUAUUCUAACUCCAGAGGUGAUACCAUUCAUGGAGUCAGAAUCAACGAGAAGCUCCUGAAGCCGUUGCAUGUGGGAGUGGAUCCACAGGACCAUGAAAUAAGAAACCAUGAGAGGGAAGAAAUGAAGGAUCUCAACAACCAAUUUGCUGGCUUCAUUGAAAAGGUUCGAACACUGGAACAGGAGAACAAGGCUCUUGAAACAAAAUGGAAUCUCUUGCAACAAUAUGCCAUGGUGCCAAAGAAAAACCUUGCACCAUACUAUGAGAAUUUCAUCUCUAGCAUAAGGAAUCAGAUAGACUGUCUAUUACAUGAUAGAGAACACCUAGCAAGUGAAAACUCAGCAAUUCAGCAUCUGGUGGAGGAAUUCAAGAGCAAAUAUGAAGAGGAAUUCAAAAGGCGGACGACAGCUGAAAAUGAAUUUGUGCUGCUCAAGAAGGAUGUAGACUCCAUUUCCCUCAGCAAAACAGAGCUGGAGGGGAAAGUGGAUUUGCUGAGACGUGAACUGGAAUUUCGCAACGGUGUCUAUAUGGAGGAAUUAACACAGUUGGGUGGCCAAAUUAGUGACAUGAACAUCCUUUUGCAAAUGGACAACAGUAGAGACUUGGAUGCUGACUUAAUCAUCAAAAAUACUGAAGCCUGGUACCAGAACAUUGCCCAGAGGAGCAAAGAGGAAGUAAAUGCUUUGUAUGGAAACAGAUUCCAAGAGCUUCAGGAGCAAAGGGCAAAAUACUUGAAUGAUCUGAAGAUCAAUCAGCAUGAGACUGAAGAGCUAACACGGGUGAUCCAUAAAUUGCAGUCCGAACAUGACAGCAUUAAAAAGCAGGUUGGUGCAUUGCAAACAUCCAUUUGUGAAGUUGAACAGCUUGGAGAUCAUGCUUUUAAAGAUGCUCAGGAAAAGCACAGUGACCUGCAGGCUGCUCUGCAGAAGGCCAAGGAUGACCUAGCUGGCAUGCUGAAAGAUUACCAUGACCUUCUGAAUGUCAAGGUGGCCCUUGACAUUGAGAUUGCUACAUACAAGACACUACUAGAAGGCGAGGAGAUCAGGUUACACACAGGAAAUCCCUUCAGAAUAGAUGUGAUCAGACCCCACUACAUGGAGAACUCAUCUGGAUUUGCAGCUCCAUGUGGAUAUGGACCUUUAGGUAGAGGAUAUAAUUCAGGAUAUGGUGGUGGAUACACAACUGGAGGCCACAGAAGUUACCACCGGAGCUCCAGCACCAGAAGUGUUGGAGACUACUCAAGACCUGAGGACAGCAACAAUGCAGCUACAGGACAUGACUCUGCAGAUGCAGAAUUUGAUCCCAGAGGAGCAAACAGCUCCAGAGGUGUCUCUUACUCUACUGGUAAACCAAACUCCCCUAUAGGCAUAGACAGCUCCUCCGUAGGGGAAGGGGUUGGUGCAGGAAUAGACUAUGGCCCAGGCCCAGGAUUCAGCUCAGGAAGUGCACAAGGAUCAGGCAGCUAUGUAGGUCGGGGGCGUUUUUCUAGGGGAAGAGCAGAAAGUUUCCCUGAUGGAGGCUAUCCAUCAGGGUAUUAUGGACCAGGCUAUUAUGGACCAGGUGGUGCCAUCCCGUUUGGGGCUGGGGGCCUGGGACCUAGGGUUAGGGGUGGCCCCAUGGUAGCGGGCUACAAUCCUGGAAUUGCUAGAGGUGUUGGCAUGAGCAAUGCUGGAGUUUCAGCUGUAGGCAUCCCUGUUGUGAGGGGUUUAGGUUUGGGAAGGGGUCCAUGUGUAGGGCUAGGUGCUCCUGUCGGGGUAUGCCAUCCUGGAGCAUUGGGAGGUCCAGGGGGUAUCUGUUACCAUGAACCGGUAGGAGCUCCUGCUGGUAUCUGCUACCCUAUAGGAGCUCCUGGAGGGGUCUGUUAUCCUGGAGCAGUAGCAUUCCUAUAG